AUGUGUGUGGUGGCGGCUGGUGAUUCUGCAGAUCCUGAAGCUAUUUCUCCUGGUGAACAACGACAACAUACACAAGAAGCUGAUGGUGGUGAUGAUUGUUCUGAAGGUAAACCUGGCCCUACGUGUAGUAGUAGCCGUGUUGCAACUACAGGUUCUCCUACUGAUUGUGAAACACUUCCUAAGAAGGAAGGUUGCCCUGAAAGUGUUCCGCAGACUGAAAGCAAUUGCGGUGAAGGUUCUGGUAAACCUUGCCCACCAGAGCAACAGGCUCUCACUCAAACAGGAAAAGAUCACCGUGUUGGAGACGAUCCUCAAGGUGCUCGUGGUGUAAGUGGGUCUGAAACUCCGGAUUCUCCCGGUAAAACAAGUAAAAUUGGUACUGGUGGUCCUUCUACUGAUGCUGAUCCUUCUAACCAUCCUCCUACUAUUGCUGAAGCUGUUGCUCCUCUUGCUCCUGCACCUUCUGAUGAGAGUGUUGCUGCGUCCACAAGUGCAGCUCAACCUGAAAGCAGCAGAAACAGUGACGCAGGUGGCAAUUCAACACAAGCGGACGGUGACGCAACACAAACGCCUUCAAACACUUCAGACAAAGAGAGUAGCGACGGUUCUGAAACUACAAACACUGGUAGUGGCACUUCAUCUGAAGGAAGUGAAUCAACAAGUAACCAAACUGAAGGUGUGGCAAGUAACACAGAUACAACAACCACUACCACCACAACAACAACAACAACAACACUUCCUCCUGAACUCACAAACAACAAGAAGGGUGAUGCAGACAGCAGCAGCAGUAUCAGCAGUUCUGUGUGGGUGCGUGUACCACCACUACUGAUUGUGGUUACACUGGCCUGUAUACUUGUGUGCUGA